UGGUUGGAGAAUAUUACGUCAUUGUGCCAUAUCUGACUCACUUGAAAUAGUAUCCGAUUCUCUCACAGCUCAGAAAUCAGAACCUGAACACACACUCUCUCUAUCUCUCUCAAUUCUCAAACUGAAAGAAAACCCAAUGGCCGAUCAAAAUCUGAAGCCCGAGAUUUUCGAACUCAACAAUGGAACCAUGCGUGUACUCAUCACCAACCUGGGCUGCACCAUCACUUCCUUGUCUGUACCUGACAAAGAUGGCAAAUUGGCUGAUGUUGUUCUUGGAUUCGACUCUCUUGAACCAUAUCUGAAAGGUGCUGCACCCUAUUUUGGCAGCAUCGUUGGUCGGGUUGCAAACCGAAUCAAAGAUGGGAAGUUUAAACUCAAUGGGGUCGAUUACUCUUUGCCUAUCAACAAGCCCCCAAACAGUCUCCAUGGUGGGCACAAGGGAUUUGAUAAGAAGGUUUGGGAGGCAACUAAUAUUACGAAGGGCGAGAAUCCAUCCAUCACUUUCAAAUAUCACAGUUCUGAUGGGGAGGAAGGUUACCCGGGUGAUGUCUCUGUGACUGCGACUUACACGCUUACUUCAAGCACAACAAUGAGGCUUGACAUGGAAGCUGUGCCAAACAAGCCAACUCCAAUCAGCUUAGCUCAGCAUACAUAUUGGAAUUUAGCUGGCCACAACUCUGGAAACAUUCUUGACCAUUCAAUUCAGAUUAGGGCAAACCAUGUUACUCCUGUGGAUCAGAACACAAUCCCAACUGGUGGAAUCAUGCCAGUUAAGGGUACCCCCUUUGAUUUCACUGCCGAGAAGAGGAUAGGUGAGUCAAUCCAUGAGGUUGGUUUAGGGUAUGAUCACAACUAUGUUCUAGACUGUGGGGAGGAAAAAGCAGGUUUGAAACAUGCCGCAAAAGUGAAGGACCCAUCAAGCUCUAGGAUCCUUAACUUGUGGAGCAAUGCCCCUGGGAUGCAGUUUUACACUGGGAACUAUGUGAAUGGGGUUGUUGGUAAAGGAGGUGCUGUUUAUGGAAAGCAUGCCGGGCUAUGUUUGGAGACUCAGGGAUUCCCAAAUGCCAUAAACCAACCAAACUUCCCUUCUAUUGUUGUUCAAUCUGGUGAGAAGUAUCAACACACAAUGUUGUUUGAGUUUUCAGUUGAAUAAAGUGGCAGUCUUUAAAGAAGCAGAUGUCAGAAUAAGGUUGACUUUUGGUUUUCUUGCUACCAGUGAGUGUUGGAACCGGAUGAUGAGAACUAUUCAUAUAAUCUUGCUUAUAACAGAUUUGGAGGCUGAUUUUGUGUCGAAGUUCUAAAGAAAGCUUAAUGUUAUUAAAGAGUUAAAACUCUU